AUGGAGUUCACAAGGGAGGAAUUUCAACAAGCCAUUCAGCAAUAUCGAAACGACUACGCUGCUGACACCCUGUUUGCCGACCAUUUGAUCAAUCUACUUCAAGAGCAUCCAACCGAGCUUUUAGUUUUUGUACGUUACGUUGGUGCAACUGGUGAUGAUACGCCCCUUGGACGUCUUCAGCAUGAUCUUGAUGUCGCACAUCAAGGUGGGCGCCGUUUCAGCAAUUUCACAAUGACUAUACGCCAACUGUUUCCGCAAAAGGCUUUCCAAGUGUACCAUAUACCUCUACUUGCUACUGCCGGUGUUUUUGGUCAACCUGGUCCCCAAUCCGCUGAGCUGGAUGCUAUUGAGCGAAUCCUCAUACACCUACUGGAUCGUCAAUGCUUGAUCAAUAGUCAACCCGGUGGCUUCUACAUUUCCUAUACCAGCAAUGAAAACGAUUUGAACCUCUUGGCUCAAGUCAAUGCACCAAACGCACUUGCAUAUCUUGUGGCACCCGACAACAUUGAAAACAUAAGACACGUCGAUCAGCAACUCUUGGAUUCUUUCCAAGCUUAUCGCACUGAACUUGCUGGUGUGGAUCAAGUCAUGGCAGACCGCAUCACCAAUGAUCAUUUGGAAUUAUUUGCUCAUCAAGCUUUGCCUCACGCCAACCGUUUUCAUCAAGUCAAUGAAGAAACUGCCAUAGUGCCUUUCAUGAUAGUUGGCAAGGAUAAUACGAUCCAAGACUUUUCUUUGCAGCGAGGCUUUUUUGAAGGAUCACGUUCUGGGACCAUCACAGGAGACCUCAUGAGGAUGGCACUAAACGGCAUGCAAGGCCAACCUUUGGAAAACCACCUCGAUCUCCAAUUACAAAUACCAUGCUUUGGAGACCUAUGGCCGAUACCGAAACAAGACUAUUUUUGGGAGUUGCAUACACAAUCAUUAUCACGUAUGUUGGCGUACAUCAAUCCAGCGGUGAUGAUGACUUGUGGAUUCGACGUUGCUCGUGUAGCCAUAUCAAACUUCCACGACAGAUAUUCGCUCUCAAGUCCCAGAUACAGAGACAUUGUUGGUGUACCCAUGAUUAUAAACCACGAUGCCACAUUUUCGUAUGAGAAUGAGCCUGAAGGAGAGGAGCCACAGCAAGGAUGGUGCGUUGUUAUUCCACAUAUGGAUCCAGGAACGGCCAACUACGGAAGCGUAGAUCCAAGGAUUCUCAGAAUGAUGUUUUUAUGCUGGAUUCGAACCCUACUAUUGGUAGACACGGCAAUCAACAUUGCUGCUGAUUCACCCCAUCCAACCGGUUCACAAGCGUUUGCCCAGCAAUUAUUGGCCGAAUGGCAAAAUCGGGAACCUGCUGCUCUAUCAGCUGCAAUUGAUCAGGCGCGCGAACAACUCAACCAAUUCCGUUCAGAUGCUCAAGCAGACCGCUAUAGAGCACUAUUACAGAGAAACGAAGGCCUGCCUGUUGGCCUUGGCGCGCGUGCAAUUGGAGAAACCUCAAGAAGGACGUUGCUGGAAAAAUUCCAGCGGUAUGGUUGGGCCGAAGGGGCAAAUGGAUCAAAUGCUCGAGUCCAGCACUACGUACGACUCACAAGAUAUCAAUGGCCAGAGCUACUCAGUUGCCCAAGCUAUACGACGGAUCGACAGGCUUUCCGAGAUUGGUUUGUCAAUCAUCUUGCACAAGGCACCAACGUCAUGCAAUCCAUUUUGAGAAAGGCUCAAGAAGAAAACAUACAGCCUAUCGGUGACCUUACAGCUAUGCAAGUCCACUAUCUAUUGACGCGAUGUCAACCACCACCGAAUUGGGAACAAGGAGAUGAUACAUGGAUGCUGAUUGAAGAUUUACGGGAAGCUGCAAUGGAAGCUGCUCGUAUCCGAUUCAGAGAGAAAUGGGGUGGACCCACUCAAGCUAAUAUCGAAGUAUGGCGUCAAAGGAGAAACGACUAUCUUGCUCGUCAAGGCAACAUUGCGUAUGCAACGUUCAACAUGUGUCGUGUCAGGGUUUCCAGUACAAAAGCUCGGUUGCGUGUCAUCAUCAACGGCCAGCAAGUGUACCUUGCUGACGGCAUUUAUGUCCCCGGCAUCACCAAUGGCAUUCGAUUUAUUGAUUACGAUCCCAUGGAGCAGCCAAAUGGCCUCAUCAUUCGAGAUGAAUUUGGAAACAUCCUACCCAACGCUCAGCGACCAUACAUCAUCUGGGACCAUUGGCUCUUGCGCAUUGCACCGAACGUGUACUUUGUUACUUUUCAACGUACAGUGGAAGAACAUGGACGGCAACUACGACAAGAGAUCCAGGAUCAACUUGCUUUGGACGAACCUUUUACUUAUGAACGCAUCUUGGGCUUAUAUUGGCAACAAGUAUGUCAGGGCCAAGCAAGAGUGGUGUACACCAAGAGAGGAAGAGUACCAGCCGAUGCACCCGAUGACAGUUAUAUCGCCGAUACUAUACGAGCGGUACUGGCGACGAAUGCCAUUGGCAUGGAGAAUUUAGUUUGGGAACAUCUCCUCUCAAACGAGGAUAGAUACUUUCACACAAUCAAACCCAUAUUGCAAAGGAUGAUGCAAGCACGCGAUGAAGGUUUGCAAAUCACAAAAGUUCCUCGACGAUAUGCCCAUAUGUCUCCUCACGGGAUAUACAAUUUAGCAGCAUACGUCCCUGCUCCUCAACCUUAG